AUGCGCCUCCUCCUCCUCCCCCUCCUAGUUGUCACAGCAACAACAGCCCAAAGAAUCUUCAUCAACCAAGUCCCCCUCUACUCCUCCCUCCCCCCCUGCGCCGAAGCCCCCUUGUCCAACAUCGUGAGGAACAUGGUCUCCGGCUGCGGCGACGGCGGCCGCACAACCUCCUACUCCUGCUUCUGCGCCUCCAGCUCGAUAAAAUUCGAGAGUAUAAUCAGCAGGGCCGUCUCAUCAAAGUGCAUGCCUUCCGAGCCGGAAGCUACUGCUUCUGCGCUGGCUGUGUUUGAUAGUUAUUGUCAUCUCUCACCGCAGGCUGCACCUACGCAGACGGCAAUGUUCCCACCGGCUGAGAAUAGACCGCUGUUUUCGAAUACUAGUGAAAGUGUGACGGCUGCUUCUUCUUCGUAUGAGGCGAGGGUCACGGGUGGUGGUGGUGGAGAGGGGAGUUUGUUGGUGCAGCAGAGACCGGGGCCGGGGACGGUUUUGUCAAGUCCAAGUAGGACGCAGCUUGCUCCUAUUCCUUCGGCUAGUAUUGCUUUGUCGGGGGGGGAGAGAGUUGGUACCGGCCAGUGGCUGGCGUUCUAUUCGGUGCUAUGGGGUUUGAGUCUGAUGGUAUUUUGAGGAAUGGACAGGGUGUUUGAUGUGAACUCUGGUUUGGUAGGAGCUGGACUUCCACACCUGGGGGCUUUGGAUUUCUGUGUUCGCUUUAGAUUUGGCCA